AUGUCUCAAGAGGUCGGGCCUGUUCUAAUCACGAGAAAUAUGAAGAAGUCAAAGAAAAAGUUAUUAAAUUACACUGAACUUCGUAAACAACAUUUACUUGAAGAUAAUGAAAAAGAAGAGAAAAUUCUUAAACAAUUAACAAAAAAAUUAAAAAUGAAUCGUAAUUCUACAAAAAAUAAACAGAAAACCAAAGAACAAACUCCUCUCUGGUUAACACAAUGUGGAUUUGAUUAUAUAUUGAAUUUUGAGAAACAGAUUAAUGUGGAGGAGAAUACGAGUAGUAGUAAUGAUACUACUCUAUGUACUACUGUUGGAGUAACUUCAAAGAAAAAAAGAAAAUCACUUGAUUUAUAUGGUCAAAAUACAAAUGACAAUGAUAGAUCAAUCGUUGAUUCUGAUCAUCAACAUACAGUGUUGAAUGAAUCGAUGCAAUGCACAGAUCCGUCUGGCACAACUUUCGAUCAAGUCGAAGAAGAUGAAGUUGAUAUUUCAAUGACAUCUAAUCAUAAUAAUAAUGAUACUGGUGAUGAUUCGAAUGCAGAUCUCUACAAAUCUAUACGUAAUUCAUUAAAUCGUUUAUCGGAAUCACAAAUGUCAAAAAUUAUCACAGAACUAUGUGAUUUAUUCUCGAAAUAUCCACGUGCCGCGGUUCGAUCGUGUAUUAUUGAAGAAUCGUGCAAUUUAAUCGAAUGUACUCAAGUAAAUCGUAAUUCUAAACUUGGAUGGUUACAUCAAGAAUUAGCUGUCUGUAUAACAUGUGUUCAAAUUACAUUGCAUAGUUUAUUUCAAUCAGCACCUUUGAUUGGUUAUUUGGUGGAAUCGAUUGUAUUUCGACUUUUUCCUGACAAGAAUAAAUCAGUAUCAUUAGCAUCAAAUGAAAUUUGUUCUUAUUCAAUUUUUCUUGCCUAUUUGUAUCGUUUUGGGGUAGUUUCAGGUACUCUCAUUUUAGAUAUUUUGAAAGCGUAUCUACAGGACUGUGAUCUAGGAAAAUUGAAAGCUGCUCAUUUCAUUUCAAUCGCGGUAGGUGUUAAUCUACGCAAAUUCAAUUUGACUAUAUGUCAAGAAAUUAUUCAACAAGCAAAUGAUCAACUUCAAAAGUAUAAAAUGCAAAACUCUUCUGAACUAGCAUUUGAGUUGGAAGGGUUAAUUCAACGUCUUUCAGAGAAACGUUCUGUCGAGGAGUGUGUUACACGAUCAGUUCAUUUACAUAAACUUAUGAGGAUAUGGACUAAAGGAUUAUCUGUUACUGAUGAAAUGUGUUUAACUGUUGGAUUACACGAUCUACUAAAUGCUACAUCUACUGGUCGUUGGUGGUUAAUUGGUUCAGCAGUAAAUCGCCCCGUAGAUCUUAUGUCAUCUGUCAAAUCUAAAAAUGAUGUGAAAUCAACACAUCCUGAAAUGGUAGCUGUUGCCGAAAAACUUGGUCUACGUACAGUGUCACGUCAGCUGACAUUUAGUAUUUUAGUUUCUACCGCUGGUGGUCCAGAUGCUACAGCUUCAGCUUUGCUUAAAGCUUGUCAUACUUCGGCUAAUUCACCAGGUGUACAACUUGGAGCAGGUGGUGUAGCUGCGCGAGAAAGAGAAAUGAUUCAUAUUGUAUUGCAUUGUGUUAUGUCGGAAAUGCCUUUCAAUCGUUUCUAUCCACGUGUAUUAGGCGGUAUUCUAAAUUGUCAUCGACGAUUUUUAGUACGUAAAAAGAUAAAUUGA